GUAAUUGCUGUCAAGCAGCUUUCUUCCAAAUCAAAGCAAGGGAAUCGUGAAUUUGUGAAUGAGAUAGGCAUGAUUUCUGCUCUGCAACACCCUCAUCUUGUCAAGCUUCACGGAUGCUGUAUUGAAGGAAAUCAACUAUUGCUUGUCUAUGAGUACAUGGAAAAUAAUAGCCUUGCUCGUGCUUUGUUUGGGCCAGAAGAAAGUCGGUUGAAGUUGGAUUGGCCAACAAGGCACAAGAUCUGUGUUGGUAUAGCUAGAGGUUUGGCUUACCUCCACGAGGAAUCAAGAUUGAAGGUCGUUCAUAGAGACAUCAAGGCUACUAAUGUGCUGCUUGAUAAAAAUCUUACCCCAAAGAUAUCUGACUUUGGAUUGGCCAAGCUUGAUGAAGAGGAUAAUACACACAUUAGCACCCGUAUUGCUGGAACUUAUGGAUAUAUAGCGCCUGAAUAUGCAACGCGGGGUUAUCUGACUGAUAAAGCAGAUGUUUAUAGCUUUGGAAUUCUUGUAUUGGAAAUUGUUAGUGGGAGGAACAACACCACUUACAGAGGAAAGGAAAAAAGCUUUUAUCUUCUCGAUUGGGCACAACUACUAAAAGGGCAAGGGAAUUUGAUGGACCUAGUGGAUCCAAGGUUGGGCUCAGACUUCAACAAAGAAGAGAUGAUGCUUACAAUCAAUGUGGCUCUCCUCUGCUGCAAUGUCACUUCAACAGUUAGGCCUACCAUGUCUUCAGUUGUGAGCAUGCUUGAAGGUAGGGCUGCUGUUCAGGAAUUGGUUUCAGAUCCAAAUGCCUCAAGUUUUGAGAUCGAAGCAAUGAGGAAACAUUUUCAAUCCAGUUUCAGAAGGAACACCGGCAAAAGCCAAACACAAACUGCGUCAACUGAAGGGCCCUGGACCGGUUCGUCUACAUCUGCUCAUGAUCUCUAUCCAGUCAAGCCUGAUUCAACUUACUGGGACAACAGAAAAUAGAGAAACUGAGCAAAC